AUGGAGCUUGUAACUCUGCUAAAUGGAUACUCACCAUUUGGAAAAGAACUCGCAUUCAACGAUAAAUUUAUAUCCUCCGCAUUGACAUAUGUCGAGCAAACACUCAUCAACGCCGAAAUCGUAAAACUAAUGCCUCGUAUUUCUACGUCCUCGGUGGGAUCCUAA